AUGUCGACACAUCGAGAGGAUCAGCAAAACCAGCAACAACUUGAGAUGCAAGAACAACAGCAGCCUUACGACGCUCCUUUAACUCAAGUCAUCCCUACCACUUCAGGUAAACUGCAAGGCUUCAAGGACGAAGGCAACCAAGUCGAGGUCUUCUUGGGCAUUCCAUACGCUCAACCACCGAUUGGCUCGCUUCGCUUCCAACCUACCGUCGAGCUCCACACACCCGAUGAAGAGCGACUGUGUAUCGAACAUGCAUCAGCAGCACCUCAAACAGCGAUGCCAUUUGACACUUUGAUGUGCGUUCAGAUCGAUCACCAAUCUGAAGAUUGUCUUUACUUGAAUAUUUGGACACCUGAUACUGUCAAGAACACAAAGAGACCUGUCAUAGUUUGGUUUCAUCCAGGUGCAUGUAUGAGUGGUAGCUCGAGUCAGCCCUUCUGGGACGGCACCAACUUGGCUAGAAAUGAUGCCAUUAUCGUCAGCUUCAAUUAUCGAUUGGGUGCGCUUGGCUGGAUGUCAAUGGAUCAUCUUUCUUCAGAUUUAAAAGGGUCUGGUAAUUUAGGUUUAUUGGAUCAAAUUGCUGCAUUAAAAUGGGUUCAAAAUAACAUUGCGGAAUUUGGUGGUGAUCCCAAUAAUGUUACUGCCUUUGGCUCCUCUGCUGGAUCUAUCUGCAUCAUGUCCAUCAUCUUGGCAGAAAACACAGCCGGCCUGUUCCACAAGAUUGUCUUGCAAUCGCCUCCCAUGUUUAUGGUAAGUCCUCAAGAAUGGGCUGAAAUGAAGGGAGACAUUUUCGCCAGAUCUCUUGCUUUGGAUAAAUCAAACUUGGUGGAAGACUUGCAAGCGGUCGAAGUUGAAACGUUUUUAGACUCUCAAACCUUCAUGACCACUUGGCCCAACUUUUUGGAAGGUUUAGCACCCAUUGGUCCCAACCAAGACCAGCAAGUACUGCCCUCUACUUUGAUUGAACACUUUUUCCAUGAACCUUUACCCAAAGGAUAUGAAAACUUGGAGGUGGUGAUUGGCUACACCCGUGAUGAAUUCAACUUUUUCUUCCCCUUCUUGCCCAAUUUCCAAGACAUGGACGAUACCAUGUUUGUGCGUGGCUAUUUCACUCACAUCUUUGGUCGCAAGAAUGCACGCAGAGCGUAUGAGAUUUACAAGCAAGAAAUCUUGCCUCCCAUGUCGCCUCCCUCUGAAGUAACUCGCUACAUGUGUUCGGAUGUCAUGUGUCGUAUUGCUACCAUGCUCACUGCUGAGAACCUGGCUACCAAUGGACACAAGGUGUAUCUGUAUGAAUGGGAUUACGAGUCCAACGAUGUUCAAAAUGUCAUCAAGGCAGCUCACAUGGUGGACUCUGUCUUUUCUUGGGACAAUCUCAUGUAUUGGACCGAUAAUCCGUUCUUGGGUCCCGGUGAUGAUUUUGAAAGAGAUCGUAUUGCCAAGCAAAUCUCGGGUGCCAUUAUCAAUUUCGCAAAGACCGGUAGUCCCAACCACGAUGGUAUCCCUGAAUGGCCCUUGUAUAUUACAAACGACGUCAGAGACAGACAUGCCAUGAUUUUUGACCGAGAGGUGCGUGUGGAGCACAACAUUUAUGAUGAAGGUUUGCAGUUAUGGAAGACGGUGUUGAAGGAUUACGUCAAGACGCCCAUGUUUCCUGUUAAUCCCAAAGCCGUGGAUGUCAAGAAAGGUAGUCUGACAUCUCCUCCUCCUGAAGAUUUAUCACAGAACAAGAAGCGUAAGCUUGAUCAUACCGACUAA